AUGGGUGUCUCAACACGUUACUCUACAAGGCGCCCCGGUAGUCAUUAUGUCACUGCUGCCGCUAUACUACUCAUUAUCAUACAGGCCCUCUGGAUCCGAGCCGAAAACGUUGAUCCCAGCUUGCAGGUACAAAUCACUCCCUGGGUGCCAAGUUCGCAGGGGGACGACUAUUUCGACUACCCGCCUCUUGAUUCUUUAGAAGUUAGAUCGGUCUGCAAUGGGCAAAAGUGGGACUCCAACACAAACACAGAGGUCGUAUUCACCUGCGACAACUCGGUUGGUGAAAUUAUAGACAUCCGGAACUCGAUUCUUAACUGCAUACGGUAUGCGAUACUGGCAGGAGGGUCCCUGGUUAUGCCUAGGAUCACUGUCCUCAAAGGUUCGGGCACCAGAACCGAUAAACAGACGGGUGAAAGGAAGCAUAUGGGAUAUAUGUUCGAUGCGGACCACUUCAUUAAGUCCCUUCGUCUCUCAUGUCCACAACUACGCUUGUACGAUGACGUGGAAGAAGUUUAUAAAGCGCUCGGUCCGCCCCGAACAUGGUCUCUGGGCCUCUUUCCGGAAUCACUGAUUGACGAAGAGAAGAUACCGAGCAUAGGGAUUCAGCAUCCUAAUAGAUGGAGGGGCCAGCUGUACGACUGGCUUGGGCAAGUACACACUGAUGUCUCUCCGACUGGAAGACCUAGCUAUGGCCCGUUCAUCGUUGACCUUGGGCGUUCGUAUCUGACUUUUCCGAUAUACAACGACGGCGAGCCUUUUGCGCAAGCCUUUGGGGAUAUUCUGAAGUUUAGGUCUGACGCUCGAGAGCUUGCAACAAAAGCAUUGCUUCAGAUGGCAAAGAUCUCCGGCUCCAAACUCACGCAACCUGAGGGCGAUGCAGCACCUAGCAAGCCUGGUACAUAUGCGGGCACCAUCCCCGAGCACGCCUAUCUUGGCAUAUACCUGCAGGAGGGAAAAGACUCUGAAGAAACGCGGACUCCGUUCGCUGAGGCUAAGCGGACCGCUGACUACCUCCAACAAGCCGUUAACGCGGGUCUUUCUCUCGUCUAUAUAGCAAAUGGCGACGCGACGCAAGUCAAAACCUUCAAAAGUGAGGCCAAAGCCAAGAGCAUCACCGUCGUUACGAAACAGGAUUUGCUUGGGAACAAGGAUGGUUUGGAGAAUCUUCAAGGGGAUCAGCAGGCUCUGGUGGACUUCCUGGUUCUGCUGAGCGCAUCGCAUUUUAGCGGUGCCGCGUGCUCGAGCUUUUCGUGGAAUGUGGCGCUGAAGCGGCAUUUAUUAGUUCAGGGUCCAGAGAGGAAACACUGGGACGGACCGCAAACGUUCAAUAGUCGACUGAACCACCUCCAUGGUGAGCCCGAGAGUUGCCCUGAGUUCUUCGCAUGUCUAUGGCCAUAG